GCUUGAUAUUUUUCUCUCCAUUUCUGAUCCCCGGGGCACCACGGGCGCGGGAGCUAUUUCUCAGCUUCUAGGGCUUCUUUGAGAAUUAAAGAGAUGGAAAAAUCCUCAGAUGUUUCAGAUAAUGCAGGUCCGUCAAAUGUUCCAUCUCUGAAGAUUGGUCAAAAGAUUGGAAGUAAUGCAUGGCCUGUUCCAUCAGGAUCUAAUAUGUUCAAAGGAUCAAAUGAUGUCACUCUGUUUUCAAGCUCAUUACCUCUACUUCCGCAUGAGAAAUUGAUCUUUCCAGAUGCUGAUCUCACCAUUCAGUCUAUGGAUGAUGUGUCUUCUGAGAUGAGAGAAGUAAAUAAGGAUUCAGUUCAGGGUUCCUUGGAUGACUCUAAUGUUCAUGUCAUUGGAAGUAUGCUUCCUGAUGAUGAGGAAGCUCUUCUAGCUGGCGUGGUAGAAGACUUUGAUCUUAGUGAGUUGCCUGGCCAAGUGGAAGAUUUGGAAGACUUUGAUAUCUUUGGUAGUGGUGGGGGAAUGGAAUUGGAUCUUGAUCCUAUGGAGAAUCUCACUUCAGGGAUUUCAAGCAUACAUUUAAGUGAUGGAUAUUUUGCAAAUGGUAUCACUCAUUAUGGCCUUUCGAAUGGUAGUGGAGCUAUCGUUGGCGAGCACCCUUUUGGCGAGCAUCCAUCGAGAACAUUAUUUGUUAGGAACAUCAAUAGUAAUGUUGAAGACUCUGAGCUACGUUCAUUAUUUGAGCAAUAUGGUGAUAUCAGAACCAUGUACACUACUUGCAAAAAUAGGGGAUUUGUUAUGAUAUCUUAUUAUGACAUCAGAGCUGCUCGGACUGCUAUGCGUGCAUUACAAAAUAAACCUUUGCGGAGGAGAAAGCUGGAUAUCCAUUUUUCUAUACCUAAGGAGAACCCAUCAGAAAAAGAUUUGAAUCAAGGAACCCUUGUAAUAUUUAAUUUGGAUCCGUCAGUUUCAAAUGAUGAUCUUCUUCAGCUAUUUGGAAAUUUUGGAGAAGUAAAGGAGAUAAGGGAAACCCCUCACAAAAGACACCAUAAAUUUAUUGAAUUUUAUGAUGCUCGAGCUGCUGAAGCAGCCCUUCGAGCCUUGAACAAAAGUGACAUAGCUGGGAAGCGCAUAAAGCUAGAACCCAGUCGUCCUGGUGGUGCACGUAGAAGUUGUUCUUCUGAAAGUAGCUUAAUUCAACAAAUGAGCCAAGAAAUCGAAAAGGAUGAUAACAGAAUUUAUGGACAACUUGGGGGUUCGCCUAUAGCCAAUUCUCCUCCAGGUAUAUGGACACAAAGUCCAAUUGAAAAUGAUUCUUUUUCAUCUCUUAGUCGGUCCACUGGUACCAGUGAUCCUAUAGGGGGCAACUAUUUGCCUGGAUUAGCAUCUCUAGUGCCUUCAUCUUCAAAUUCUAUGAAGAUUGCUCCUAUUGGGAAAGAACAAAACAGGAUUAACCUUUCUGAUCAUGUAAAUAGCAACCAACUUUCACAAGGAUUAGCAUUUCAGCAUCCUCAUUCCUUUCCAGAGAGGAGUGAAAUGAUGCUCAGUAUGGUAUCAAAUACAGAAAAUGGAUCUCCUUUUCCAAGAUUGAAUGCAUCUGGUGUUGGCGCAGUUACUGGAUCCCAGUCUCUAUGGGGCAGUCCUCCAUUUAGUGACUUCUCCCAUCCUUCUUCUUGGCAGUCUAUGAGACAUCAAAUUCCAUCUAAUGCCCAAGGCCAAGGGCAGAGAACUCUAUAUCCGGGUCAUGUCCCCUUCAUUGGUUCACCAUCAUCCCAUAAUCAUCUCUACCAUCAUGUAGGAUCUGCUCCAUCUGGUAUAUCAUUUGAAAGACCUUUUGGUUAUUUUUCUGAGCCUCCAGGGGCUUCUUUCUUGAGUCCAUCUCCAUUUGGAAGUGCCAGCAUGGGCAGAAAUGAUGGAAGUUUAACAGCUAACAUGGGCACUAAGGCACCUCUGAACCAUGGAGUUGCUCUAUCCGGGAACAUAUUAGAGACUAGUCCAUCCAAUUUCAGGUUAUUAGCUUCACAUAGGCUGGGUAACUCACUCUUCGGAAGUGUACCUUUUCCUGGAGUUGAUGGUGUGAAUGAGCGAGCUCGCAAUCGGCGAGCUGAAGGCUAUGGCACUCAACUGGACAGCAAGAAGCAGUAUCAGCUUAACUUGGAGAAGAUAAUCAAUGGAGAAGACACCAGGACAACCCUGAUGAUAAAAAACAUUCCAAAUAAGUACACUUCGAAAAUGCUGUUAGCCACCAUUGAUGAGAACCACAAGGGUUCUUAUGACUUUUUGUAUCUGCCUAUUGAUUUUAAGAACAAGUGCAAUGUGGGCUAUGCGUUUAUUAACAUGUUGUCUCCUUCCCACAUCCUCCCUUUUCAUCAGACAUUCAAUGGAAAGAAAUGGGAGAAGUUCAACAGUGAGAAAGUUGCCUCACUCGCAUAUGCUCGCAUUCAGGGCAAGGUGGCACUUGUUAGCCACUUUCAAAAUUCAAGCUUGAUGAAUGAGGACAAGCGAUGCCGCCCUAUUCUCUUUCAUUCUGAAGGAUCGGAAGCCGGCAAUGAGGAACCUGUGACAUCAGUGACACCAGUCGGUUUGAAUAUAUUUGUGCGUCAGCAAGAUGGAACCAUUUUAGGAGAUGCAGUAGAAAGCCCAAAUAGCUUCAUGAGUGAGAAGCGAGAGAAGAGCAGUUUGAAUGGAGGCAUCAUACCAUAGCAAUGAUUUGGCUUAGGAUUUGCGCAUCCAAGUGUACAAAAGUCUGACAUGGAGUUUUGCGGCACCGUUUCAUGGUUAGUUCCAUCCACUUAACAUAAUCCUUGAUGAGAGAACUCAGAUUCCAUCAUGUUUUUUGUAUAGUUUGUAGAUUUUUCUCUCAUUGUGAUGUAAAGAAAUAAGGCAGGACUGCAUGCAUGGAAGAAACUUGGGUCAGCUUGGAUUUGCAAGACCUUGACUGUCCUUUUUUGUUGUUUCUUAUGCCGUGUGCCUUCUUUUUUUUUUUUUUUAAAUUGUGGGUGCAAAUGUUUAUAUGAUUAUUGUAUUGGGCAUAGGGAUUAUUAGACUUUCCUUCUGUAAUUU